UAGGUGAUGCCACUACACGAGAUAAAGUUACGAUCAGCUGGCAACUGCAUCUCUACUUCAGAAGUUCAGGAGAGAAGAUCUUGAGGCAGCCUCGCCGACCAAGGAAAGUUUAUCAGUCUAUCUAGAGGAUUUGAAGCAUGGCUUCUGCAUCACAUGAAACACAGAAAGAGGAUUGGAGAAAUAUGGACAAGAAGGACCUGGAGGAGCAGUACUCGCCCUCCCGCUGGUCCACGCGCCACGCCCCCGACGAGGUCAUCGGCGCCCACGUCAGGGAGGCCGCCCUGCUCUCCAAGGCCGCCCGCGCCGACCUGCCCCGCCCGCCGCGCCUAGACGUGGUCUACGGCAUCGCCCCGAGAGCCAAGCUUGAUGUCUACGGGGAGGACCUGCCUGGCGACAGUCCUAUAAUGGUGUACGUCCACGGAGGAUACUGGCAGGAGCUGAACAAGGACCUGUCGGCGUAUCCUGUGAAGCCCUUUGUACAGCGCAGGGAUCGUGUCGGUGAUCGUAGGAUAUGACCUGGCACCCCUAG